AUGCAUUUACAUUUCGAACGAAGUGUUAAUGCAAAAUGUGAUUGUUCAAUAUUAUCGUUGACAUGGAUGGGUAAAGUGCCUGAUGAAUUACCAGAGGAUGAAGGUUGGAAAUUAAAUCGUACAAAUUAUUAUCAAGAAGGAUGGUUAGCAACAGGAAAUGUUCGUGGAAUUGUUGGUGUUACAUUUACAACAAGUCAUUGCAAAAAAAAUGUGGAUUUUCCAUUGCGAACAAAUUAUAAUUUACGUGGUCAUCGAUCUGAGGUAAUAUUAGUCAAAUGGAAUGAACCUUAUCAAAAAUUAGCAUCAUGUGACAGUUCUGGUAUAAUAUUUGUUUGGAUUAAAUAUGAGGGUCGCUGGUCCAUUGAAUUAAUUAAUGAUCGUAACACUCCUGUUACUCAUUUUUCGUGGUCACAUGACGGUCGCAUGGCACUAAUAUGCUAUCAAGAUGGAUUCGUUCUUGUGGGCUCUGUCGCUGGACAACGAUAUUGGUCAUCUAUGCUUAAUUUGGAAUCAACAAUAACAUGUGGUAUUUGGACACCAGAUGACCAGCAAGUGUAUUUUGGUACAACAUCUGGUCAAAUUGUUGUAAUGGAUGUUCAUGGUGCUAUGGUUUCACAAGUCCAGCUCAGCUCUGAAGUUGGCAUAAGUUCGAUGGCAUGGUCUUGUGAAAAAUUUAAAAUGGAGGAAAAUGAUGAUAAUGAUAAUUCUGCGACUAAUUCAAGUGAAAAAAAAUUUGUAUUAGCAGUAAGUUUACAAAAUGGUUAUAUAUUUUUAUUAAAAACAUUUGACGAUGUAUCACCAAUUCAAUUGGACACUGGACUACAAGGAACGUCAUUAUGUAUGGAAUGGAGUAAUUCUCGUGAGCUGUUAGCCGUUGCGGGUACAACAAUUUUACCAGAAGGACAUAAAUCACCACUUACAGUGCAACAACCAUUACAAUACAAUAAUUUGUUAAAAUUUUAUACGGAUACAGGAAUUUUAGUUUACACCAUCACGAUACCAUUUAACCAGUGUCCGGUGUCUGCUUUAACAUGGGGUCAUAAUGAUAAACGGUUAUUUAUGGCAACAGGAAGCCAAGUACAUAUUGCUUGGGUUUCACGACGUGUGGCAUCAUUACAAUUAAUGUGCCGUUUAAUGGUACAAAGUCGUUUACGAUCUGAAUCUCAAUUACAUCAAUUACCACUGCCAGCUAGAAUACGAAAUUUGAUUGGGAAUCUUUUUGCUCAAACAAUACGGUGCUGUGUACCAAGUCCGUUAGCUUUACGUGAGUUUGUAUCACGGCCCCCAAAUGGUUCCGUCCGAUUACAUUGUACAAUGAUCCGUCAUGAUGACGAUUCAAAUUUGUCAUCUGGCACAUGUUAUACCCUGUACUUAGAAUAUCUUGGUGGGCUGGUGCCAUUACUGAAGGGAAAACGUACAAGUAAAAUUAGACCGGAAUUUGUUAUAUUCGACCCUCAAGUUGAAGGUAAACUAUAAAAUUUAUUUGAAGUUUUCGAAUUUGUAGAUGAUCCAUAUUUUACUAACGUUUUUUCAUUAGAACAAUGUUCAGAUUAUUGUGAAUGUGCAAAGAGUUCUGGUAGCAGUCAAUCCACAAAUGGUAGUGGUGGAAGUGGUGGGGCAAUACCAUCAGAUUCAUCUGAUUCAGAUCGAGAAGAGGGCUGUACAAGUUCACCAAGAAUGCAACGUAGGCGGCGACGGGCGACAACUCAUAAAUCGAGAUCGCGAACUGUUUUAGGUGAUAGACAGCUCCCGCCUAAUGAAACAAAUGAAUUCGAAGAUUUAGCUUACAUAGAUACUUUACCAGAGCAUGUACGUUUAGUGGAAGUAACAUCAAAUAUUUGGGGUACUAAAUUUAAAAUUCAUGGAUUAGCAAGUUCAGUUCCGGCAAACUUAGGUCAAGUGACGUAUAAAACUUCUCUUCUUCAUCUUCAACCACGACAAAUGACGUUAGUAAUGACUGAACUUAGAGACGAUAUACCUCCAGGACCCGAUCCCAAUUUCAACCCAAACUUAUUUUCGGAAGAUGAGGAAGAGGUUAUAACAACAAAUGAUCGGCCGACAUUUAAAACUGCACAUACAGAUGUUGCACCGCCAAUAGCACCUAUGUCACCGCGUGGGAGUCGAUUAGCACGUCCAAAGUCCCAAAUACCUCCUCAAUUUUUAAAUCCCGAACAACCACCAAAUGUGAUUCCAGCAUUGGCUCGGGCCGAAUCGUACGAGGAUGAAUUCCCUUACGUGGAUUUAACAGAAAUGGUAAAUUUUUGUGAAGCACUACGAACAAAUAAUUCUACAACUGUCACCACAACUGGUAGUUCAAAUAGUUCAGGAAUCUCGAUGUUGUAUUGCCCAUCAAAUACGAAUAACCGAAAUGGUUCCACAUCAUCGGGGCGGCAUGCUGUGUCACCAUUAUGUUGUGAAGGUUCAGUACCAGCUUUACAAUCACCGAAAAAUGCAGUUGCCCCUAGUGAUAUUAUUUUUGACCGUCCACCUGCGCAAACAUUACUUUCAUAUUCAACAACCGACUUUUCAAAUUCUAUUCAACAAGUGAAAUCGAAUUUUGAACAUUCUACAGCGCAACGGAAUGGUGUUUCAUUGACCUUAAAUUUAGAAAAAACGACCGCAACGUUUAAAAAGAAAUUAGAUAGUAAUUCAAUUUUAGAUAGUAAAAAAAAUUAUGCUGAAAUAGAGCCAAUUAAAAAGCCAAGAAAUUGUGAUUUAGCUACGCCGUCGUCAUCGACAUCCCAACAAAACAUUCCAUCAACAACAGGAACAAAACAUACACGCCGAACCUUUUGUAAUAAAAAUAGUCCCAGCGGAAAUCAAAUUGGAAUUGCAGCAUCCAAAUGGUGCACAGGAAAAUCAGAUGAGUUACGAUUUAUUGAUGAAGAUUCAAUAAUUGAAAAUAUGGAACCAGUUCGCUUACCUAAUGCAGGAACCGGUAUGCGUCGAACAAUGACUGUUAUGGCUUCACCCCCGUGUUCUUGUACACCAAAUCCGGGUGAUGCUAUGGUACGCAGUUGUAGUGUUGGUUAUUUAGACUUGGUUGACGCACAAUUAGUACCAUGUGAUAUAGCAUUAGCUAUGUUACGCAAAGAUACACCGAAACGCUUAGUAUUAGUUAAUAGAAAAACACGUAUGAAACGUUCGAAACAAAAACAGCAAAUUGACAAAAAAGAAAAUAUGAAAAAAUCUCCUAAUUUAGGUACUUGUGGAAAAUCUAAAAGUCUAGAUUCCAGUGAUAUGGCAACGCCAACAUCAAUUGAUAUAGCAAAUAUUUCUAAUUUACCGAAACAUAAAGAAGAAGAUCCCAUAGAAAGGUUUAAAAUAGCCCCACCUUCUCCACAAACAAUCGAAAUAAUUAAAUCGCCAUCAAAACUAAAAGAACCAACAAAAUUGAGUUUUUUUACAACUUCCAAAACACCAGUAAUGCGUCGAAAGACACAAACAGACGAUCGUAAAACCAUAUUAGAAUCACGAACAACUCCGUCAAGUCCGAUUAUUUCACGAAAUCGUAGUCAUUCUGAAACCACACGAAAUAGUGGAGUUACAACAUUAAUUGAUUCUCGAAAUACCACAACUUCUAAUGAACCAUCAUUUAUACGUACAAAUUCAAAUGAUAUUCCUUUCGCCCAGAAAUUAACAGAUAGUCCUAACGGUCGUUCAGCUACGUCGUUGCAUAGUCAAGCGUUAACCACAUUAGAAAAUUUAUUAAAUCGAAUUCGUGAACUAGACGAUCGUUCAACUGUUCCAUCUUCACCAGAAUUAUCCACACGGUUACCAAGAAGCUCGCCAGCAUCACCGGCUCCAUCGAAAAAAGGAAAACGGAAUCAAUCGGCAUCACCGAUACGUCGACAUUUUAUGAAUUCACCGUUAUUAGGUAGACGUAACCGUAAAAAUAAAAAUAUUGAAAGUUCUGACGAUGAAGUGAACAAUGCAUCUGAUCGUGAUGAAGUAUUUAGUGGGAAAAAUUAUAAAGAUUUAGAAACAUUUCAAAAAGCACAACUUAGGCAAAAGUUAAAACGUGGAAAAAUUGAACCAAAUGGUAUUAAUUGUUCAACACAGUCAGUACCCGUACGACGAGAAUUUGUUAUGCAUAACAAAGCUCCAAUGUGGAAUGAAAAUAGUCAAGUAUACCAAUUAGAUUUUGGUGGGCGAGUUACACAAGAAUCUGCAAAAAAUUUUCAAAUUGAAUUUCGUGGAAAACAGGUGAUGCAAUUUGGAAGAAUUGAUGGAAAUGCGUACACCUUAGAUUUUCAAUAUCCAUUUUCAGCUUUACAAGCUUUUGCCGUUGCUUUAGCCAACGUCACACAAAGAUUAAAAUAA